AUGAUGUCGUCGUCGUCGCCGUCGCCGCCGUCGUCGUCGGCAUCCUCGGCCAGUGGCCUGCCUGAGCGAGGGGAUCGAGAUGGAGAGCGUGAAAGCAAAAUUCGAGGAUCCAACAAUCGCUACGUGACGACUGCCAUGGGUCGCAAGAAAAUUCAAAUCACCCGGAUACAAGAUGAGCGCAACCGACAGGUGACAUUCACCAAGCGGAAGUUUGGUCUCAUGAAGAAAGCCUAUGAAUUGUCGGUGCUUUGCGACUGCGAAAUUGCACUAAUCGUGUUCAACUCGACGAAUAAGUUGUUUCAAUACGCUUCAACGGAUAUGGACAAGGUUCUGCUCAAAUAUACCGAAUACAAUGAGCCGCAUGAGAGUCGCACGAACAAUGAUAUAAUGGAAGCGUUGAAUCGCAAGGAGGGGAAACACGGUGGUGGUGAUUCGGACGAUGAGAGUCCUGGACCUUCUUCAAGUCCGAUGCCGCCGACAAAUGGUCAUUCGAAUACCACAACCUCGAUCGCUUCAAACUCAUCAUCGGGUGCCGAACAAUCAACGACAUCUCUGGCUUCAGCUCAACAACAACGCCAACUCAACGCCGCUUCGAAUCUCCAUCCGCUCUACCAGAACCUGUUCCUGCAACAAUCCUAUCGUCCGAUACCGCCGAGAAACGAGCAAUCGCUGCAACAGCAGCUCUCGAAGCAUCUCGAUUUUCCGACGACCUCGUUCGCCGACUACAAUUCGCUGCAUCCGAUUGCGGCUGCGGACGCCGAUUGCGAGUUGGUCGGCGGUCGGCCAGCGACGACGGCCGAUCAGAAUCUGUGGGCGACGGCGUUGCAACAACGUCCCGUGUCGCAGCCGGCUCCAGCAGUGAGUCGGACGGAUAACAAUGGAAUUUCGCACGGCAUCUCAUCUGAUCAUGGUCUCAAUUCGCUUCUCUCGCCAUCCUCGCUCAACGGUGUCUCGAACAAUCCGCUCAUCGAUAUCGGAUGUAUUGGCGGCGGUGGUGGCGGAGGCAAUGGCGGUGGCGCGCCGCCGCCCUACCUCAAGGUUGAGCCGAAUGCCUAUGUCAAAGUGGAGCCGCAUUCGCCGCCCGAGAAAAGGCCGAGAUUGACAGCCGAUUGGCGACCGCAGCAGCUAACAUGA